CACUCGCGGUUUUGCACGAAAUUAUGAAGAAACGUUGUGGACUUGUUGUGGACGUAUAAACUGAAUCUCCUAAGCCUGGGUGAAAGGAUUUUAGAAAAGUUACUACACAACCAGUGGUUUUACCCGAUCAUCCACUAGCUUAUUUUCAUAAAAUACAUUACGCCUGAAACCCAGGGGAAAAUUCAUUGAGGUACACUCAAUAGAGUACCCCAGAGAAUAUUCUUUGUAGGUUGUUUGCCGAGUGAGGCAUUGUUAAUCUAGUACUUAAGUCUCGCAGUGGGAAGCUACUCGAUUACCUUCAAGGCACUAAGGCAAAGAGCUCCGAACAGUAUACCCAGGUUGUGAUACAAUGCGUUUCUCUCCGAUCCGCCUCGGAGUGCUAGCACUAGCCCUCAUCAUGCUGUCUUCUCUAACGCGUGAGACUGCUGGCCGAAAGUUCGACGUCCGUCGUGAUGAUACGGGAACUUGCAAGUAUGAAGGCUACAAACCUGGCGGAGGAAUCCCAAACAUUAAACCAAUCCAAUCGCCUGUAUGCAAAGGUUUCACCAACACUCUGGGGUUCGUUUCCGGUAUAAUUGGCAAGACUGCUGGCGCGGGGAGGGCUCUUUCUCAGGUUGCCACGCUAGUCGAAGCCACCGCCAAAGUCGGCAAGGUUCUCAGUGCUGGUUUUGGGGUAUUUGCUGUAGCUUUCAAUAUUAUCUCUUCAUUUUCGAAGCCGACACCCAACGAAAUCUUAAAAAGGGUUGACAAAGCUUUCGAGAAGCUGACAGAAGACAUGAACAAUCGACUGAAAGGGAUGGAGGGUUACGUGGACGGAAAGAUUAUCCAGCUGGAACAACGAACUGUCAAGAACGAGUUUGCGUCUCUUCAGCGUUAUCUUGAAAACUGUGUACACGAGACCACUGAACCCUCAGUACGAAGAUGUCAGCUAAACUCUGUCAGGGACAUUGACGCGGCGUAGCCCAAAUUUGAGAAAUUGAAAAACCAGUUCAACAACAAUUCAAAGGAGAUGUCGAUGAAUGAUAUCAAAAGGCUGGAGGCCGCAUUGAUUCCGUUCAGAGACUUCGCCAGUCUGCAUCUUUUUGCUCUUCAACUGCUGAUCAACUCGUACAAGAGCGAUCCUGAUACCAAGGAGAAAAAUGACCGUCUAAAGCUAUACAUGAGCACGCUGAAUAAACGAGGAAUACUUUACAGCAAGUACGCGAGAUGGGCUUACGAACGGAUCUACUAUGAGCAGGUAGGGAAGCAUUACUAUGGCAGUCGGCCGAAAGACGAGUACAUUAUGGAUAAGGAUAUCUACAGACUGCUUGAGGGGAAGUUUUGGUUGGUUAAAGGAAAGAACACUGAGAACCAGAUCUCGGUCAAGCCCAACUGCGCUAAAGGAGACGAACACGCGCCCAUCAACACGUGCAAGUAUAAGUACCACAUGCGGGUGGACGGAAAGGUUUUGGAACGCUAUCCCGAUCGCAUGGCUCCUGUUAGUGAUAGCGAUAGCGCCUUGAGAUAUUUCGCCGAGGAGGAUGCUCGUCACACGUGUACAAGAUACUUGGACAGCCUCAAUAAGGACUUGACGACUUACUGGAAGACAGAGCUUAUUAGUGUUGCUGAUUUAUGGGCAAAGAUGGCGGAAAAGGCCAAGAACGAGAUGAGCAAGGUUGACGGGGGUGCAUUUAAUAUUGCAGUUGGUGGCUCCAGCGUGGAGGGAAUCCUCAGUGGUCUCCUAGGAGGCAAACCUUUAUCAUGCGAGGUCACGUGUAACUUGACGUCUGUAGAAAGUAAAGCCCAGAGCGACGAGGUCUUGCUAGACACGGCACAAUAUCAGCAAGAUGCCUUUGAUGAUGAGAAGGAAAUGGAUUACCUAAAUCGAAUGGAUGAGCAAGAUCAGCCUGAAAAUUAUGGAAACGAGCAACAGGAUGUCGAUGAAAUCAAACCGGAAAUGGAUGAGGAGUACGAAAUGCAAGAUGAGAUGAACCAUGGUCAAUUGAUGACGUCACCGGAACUUGACGAGUCAGCUAUCAUCGGCAAGCCCCUAACGUGCAAUGUUGUGUGUAAACAUUGAUCUUAGCAUCAUCGAUUUCAAGGGCUGUGUGUUAGUUUUAUAGCAAACUUCAGAAAAUGAAAGCAGUGUUUGGAUUGGUAAAUCCUUGAAUGUUAUGUGUAAACAUUGAUUUUUGCAAAAUUUUAGAUUUUAAUAACUGCGUGUUUUAUUGCCAGCUUUGUGAAAUGUCUGUAUAUGUAAACCUUGUUAUUGGUUUGUUGGUGAAAGUUAAUAAAACUUUUCUUUUAAAGUA